AUGGAAUCCCCUUCCACAGCCGCCCCCAAAACCAAGGUCCAACGACCGGACGAUCGCCUCACUCUCCCGGGGUUUGGUCUUCGACUGGACUAUACUCCCAAGGCAAUGAAUGCAUAUGGAGUCAGGACUCGUUCGUUGUUCCCAACAGUGUUGGAUGAUCGGGAUAUCGAAGCCGGUUAUAUCGAUCAACCUGUUAUGACAAUCCGAGAGAAGAAAAUGCUCCGCAUAAUCAAUGAGUUUACGGAUAUAAAGGAUUGGUUUGAGAAGAUUUUUGAUGAAUGCUACGUGCAAAGCUGGACUCAAGAAUUGAAAGAAGACCCAGAAACGACGGAUAGAAUGGUUGAGUGGCUAACCGCCGAGCUUAGAUUCAAAGCUAAGGUCGCCGGAAAGGUGGGCUUCAUCAACAUCUUCUACGCUGAUGUUGUCAAAUCCUGUGCAGAUUUCUUUCAGCACGAGAAAUUUCGGACUGAGUUAUGUAAUGCAAUUCUUAGACUUGAGCAGGGAUUGGGACUGGCUCCAGAGUAUCAGAUGGCCACUGAAGAGAGAGAAUCAGACUAUGUACAUCCGUCCUUCUUCCCAGUGGUAUUCGGCAAAACAAGGGUUCUUCGAGAUCGUAUAAUUGGUAUUGAUGAUGCCAUAUCAAGCAUGGGACAGGGAGAGAUUAUUCCCGUGCCCGAAGACCCUGGCCCUUCGCGCCAAGAAUUGAGCUGGAAUAUUGCCUCACGUUCGGAUAUCAUGCCGCGUCCUUAUAGCUCACGGUUCCAAUGGCUUCCUACCGAUGUCUAUUUUCGACCUGAUGGGACUGCUUAUUUCGCCAGUUAUAUCAACAACAUCCACCCAACAAGAGAUAAACCACUCUAUCAAAUUCUAGAGAAGUUACUAGACAAGAUCAUUCCCAUGUGGAAUAUGUCUCUUACCCCAAUCAAGAGCCCGAUUCAUCCUCGGGCUCGAAUCGAGCUGCAGGAAGUUCGGUAUGUGGAGAAGAAUCCUGGCAAGACAGAACCAAAACCAGAGGAAAGCCCGCAAGAGGAACGUGGUAACUAUGAAGACAGAUUACGGGCCUGGAGGAGGAAGUGGUUCAAAGCCGUGCAACCUGAACCCGGAAAAUUUGCACCAGUUGGGAUUCCACCUGAAUUAAUGGAUGAAAUGCCUCCUGCAGAGAAGAAUAAGCAUCGAAUAUUGGACAUGAUGAACUUGAAGAAGGAGUAUGGCCAUCGAGGAUUGCAAGUUCUUUUGAGGAUAGCAGAUAUGAAGCCGACUCCUGAUGAACCGGUAUUCGAAGUUCCCUGGCAUAUGGAGGGGCAGAUUAACGAACACAUCUGCGCCUCGGCAAUCUAUAUUUUUGAGAUGCAAAAUAUCGAUAGUGUUCGUAUGCAUUUUCGGCAAAUAUCCGACACCCGAGCCUUCCAAGACCUAAAUUACGAGCGUGGAGAUACCGUUUGGCUUGAAGAAAUCUUCGGUUUGAGGCAUGAUGAAUCCCCGGUGCAGGACGUCGGUUACAUUGAAUGUGCUCAGGGAAAAAUGAUUGCAUGGCCCAACACCGUACAGCACAAUAUGAUCUUCACAUUAAAAGACAAAUCACAAGUGGGACACGUGCACGCCGUCAACUUCAUGUUAGUUGAUCCAAAUAUCAGGAUAAUUUCAACAGCAAACGUGCCCCCACAGCGAUUGGAUUGGAGACCCGAGACGGAGGAGGCGGAAAAGAGAGGCAUAGAUGUGAGGACACUUUCGGUAGAGGAGAAACUAAAGAUUCUGCCGAGAGAAGGGGAUUUCCCAUGGGUCUUACAGGAGGCGAGAGACAUCUUGAUGCAGAACAAGGACGAGCGGAAGAAGUUCAAUCACUAUCAGAAUGUCGCUUUUCAUUCGAAGAAUAUUUCGCUUUGA